CCCGGUCCCGGUUCCGUCCCGUCCCCCCCCCACUGACAGCCCCAUCACCGCAGGGCCCCCCCCGGCACCAUGAGCACCGAGACCUUCGUGAAGGACAUCAAACCGGGGCUGAAGAACCUCAACCUCAUCUUCAUCGUCCUGGAGACGGGCCGUGUGACGAAGACGAAGGACGGCCACGAGGUGCGGACGUGUAAAGUGGCCGACAAGACGGGCAGCAUCAACAUCUCGGUGUGGGACGACGUGGGGAACCUCAUCCAGCCAGGAGACAUCAUCCGCCUCACCAAGGGCUACGCCUCCGUCUUCAAGGGCUGCCUGACGCUGUACACGGGGCGUGGAGGAGACCUGCAGAAGAUUGGCGAGUAUGGA